AUGGCUCGCUUAAGCACUGUGUCUUUGAUGCUAAUGCUGGUGCUUCUUGUGGGCUCCACUAUGGCCCUGUCUCCGGCCAAAUCUCCUUUGUCGAGUCAUAAAUCUUCGGCGCAUUCUCCAUCGCCGUCGCCGUCGCCGGUUUCUUCUGAGGCUCCUGCGAGCUCUCCAACGUCGAUUUCUGCUCCGCCGUCCGAAGCUCCUGGGCCGGCCCAGAACGUAGCUGUUUUGAAUCGGGUCGGGUUCGCUGGAUCUGUGGCCGUUGGGGUAUUGGCUGCUGCUUUGGUCUUCUAG